AACGCUUCCAGGUUCCUCUCACAUUUCGCCGCCCCCGCUUCUCACCAUCUCAACCUCUGGCCCUAGUUGUCGGACCGCAACCAUGGAAGGCGCACCAGACAUCAACACUGUCCUCACAAACUCGCUGAGUCCCGACGCGACUCUGCGAAACGCGGCCGAGCAGCAACUUACCCUUGCCGCCGAAACCAACUUUUCCCAAUACCUCUCGACACUCGUCCAAGCGCUGGCAAAUGAGAGCGCCGAGGGUCACAUUCGAGCAGCGGCCGGUAUUGCGCUGAAGAACGCCUUCACAGCGCGCGAGUUUGCCAGGCAAGCCGCGCUACAAGCAAAAUGGCUCAACCAAACCGACCAAGAGACCAAGACGCGCGUCAAGGAGCUCGCUCUGCAGACGCUUUCCUCCACAAAUACCCAGGCCGGACAGGCAACCGCCCAGGUCGUUGCCGCAAUCGCUGCGAUCGAGCUACCGCGGAAUCAAUGGCCCGAGCUCAUGCACGCGCUGGUACGGAACGUGAGCGAAGGCACCCAACACCAAAAGCAAGCUUCCUUGACUGCGAUCGGCUUCAUCUGCGAGAGCCAGGAUACGGAUUUGAGAAACAGCCUUGUUAGCCACUCCAACGCCAUCUUGACCGCCGUUGUGCAAGGUGCGCGCAAGGAGGAGCCGAACAACGAAGUCCGCCUCGCUGCCAUCACUGCCCUCGGCGAUUCUCUCGAGUUCGUGGGCAACAACUUCAAACAUGAGGGUGAACGCAACUACAUCAUGCAGGUUGUCUGCGAGGCUACGCAAGCCGAGGAUUCCCGGAUACAGCAGGGCGCGUUUGGCUGCCUGAACCGCAUCAUGGCCCUUUAUUACGAGAACAUGAGGUUCUACAUGGAGAAGGCCCUGUUUGGCCUCACCAUCUUGGGCAUGAAGAACGCGGACGAGGACGUUGCCAAGCUUGCGGUUGAGUUCUGGAGCACCGUCUGCGAGGAAGAAAUUGCCAUCGAGGACGACAACGCCCAGGUCGAGAGUUCCGAGCAGAUGCGGCCGUUCUUCAACUUUGCCCGCGUCGCAACCAACGAAGUCGUUCCGGUCCUUCUCGGUCUCCUAACCAAGCAGGACGAGGAUGCGGCAGACGAUGAAUACAACAUUUCGCGCGCCGCUUAUCAGUGCCUUCAGCUUUACGCUCAGGCAGUCGGCGCGGCCAUCAUCCCGCCCGUCAUCCAGUUCGUCGAGGCCAACCUCCGUCACGAGGAUUGGCACAAUCGGGACGCGGCCGUGUCUGCUUUUGGGGCUAUCAUGGACGGGCCCGAGGAGAAGGUGCUGGAACCUAUCGUGAAAUCGGGCAUGCAGCCUCUGAUCGGUAUGAUGGAGGAUCCUUCCAUCCACGUCCGUGACUCUACCGCCUACGCGCUGGGCCGGAUCACCGAGGCCUGCUCAGAAGCCAUCGACCCGAACGAGCACCUCGAGCCCUUGAUUCGUUCACUCUUCAACGGACUCAUGAACAACCCCAAGAUGGCGGCGUCGUGUUGCUGGGCGCUGAUGAACCUGGCCGAGCGGUUUGCCGGUGACGUGGGCGCCGCCCAGAAUCCCCUGACGCCGCAUUUCAACCAGAGCGUUGCCAACCUGCUGGCGGUGACGGGCAGGAUGGACGGCGAUCCUGCCGCGCGCACUGCGGCAUACGAGGUUCUCAACGUGUUCGUGCAGAGCGCCGCCAACGACAGCCUCAGCGCCAUUGCCGACCUCUCGACCGUCAUCCUCCAACGCUUGCAGGAUACGCUUCCUCUGCAACAGCAGGUUGUCAGUGUUGAGGAUAGGAUUAUCCUGGAGGACAUGCAAACCAGUCUCUGCGCUGUGCUGCAGGCCACCGUUCAGCGGCUGGACAAGGAGAUUGCCCCGCAGGGAGACAAAAUCAUGCAGAUCCUGCUGCAGAUCCUGAGCACCGUGGGCGCUAAAUCAAGCGUUCCCGAGUCCGUCUUUGCGGCCAUCAGCAGCCUUGCGAAUGCGAUGGAGGAAGAAUUUGUCAAGUACAUGGAAGCUUUCUCUCCGUUCCUUUUCAAUGCGCUGGCCAACCAGGAAGAGCCGAGUCUCUGCUCGAUGGCUAUCGGCCUUGUCAGCGACAUUACCCGCUCCAUGGGAGAGCGUAGCCAGCCCUACUGCGACAACUUCAUGAACUAUCUCUUGAGUAAUCUCAGGAGCACUGCCCUUGCCAACCAAUUCAAGCCAGCCAUCCUCCAAUGCUUUGGCGAUAUAGCUAGCGCUAUUGGCGGCCAUUUCGAGACCUACCUUGCAGUGGUAGCCCAGGUAUUGCAACAGGCUGCUACCAUCACUGCUGGCGCCGAUGGCUCCUACGAAAUGUUCGAUUAUGUGAUCGCUCUGCGCGAGGGUAUCAUGGAUGCAUGGGGCGGGAUUAUUGGCGCGAUGAAGAGCAGUGGCAAGACCGGUAUCCUCCAGCCUUACGUGGCCUCCAUCUUCGAGCUGCUCAACAGCAUCGCCAAUGACUCCAACCGCAGCGAGGCGCUGAUGCGAUCCUCGAUGGGUGUUAUUGGUGACCUCGCAGACGCGUAUCCCAGCGGUGAGCUGGCAGACGCGUUCCGUCAAGACUGGGUAACAGCAAUGAUUAAGGAGACGCGGGCCAAUCGGGAGUUCCAGUCUCGCACCAUUGAGACUGCUCGCUGGGCUCGGGAGCAGGUCAAGCGGCAGAUUGGUGGCACACAGACUGUCAUGCAGCAGGCAUGAAGAUAA